AUGACGACAUGUUUCAUACAUUUGACUGCUGUAGUGGCAAACACUGAAUUCUCCUUUCAUGCAUAUCGACACACUGAAUCUACGCACCCAUGGGGUUCUCAUCUGACCCCUGGCAGUAGCCCUGCGAGUAUCGGAUUUGAUGACUUCACCGAUUACGGCACUGAUCAAGCGCUUGCAUGCCAAUACGAUACCGAAGAGCAACUUUUCUCUCUAGAUUCGUGUUUCGAUUCCUUUUUUGAAAGUCAACCAGAUUUCUCUAGCCCAUACGAGCUACCAGACUUAUCCCAAAGAGCAGUCUCGCCUUCGAUGACCUCACUCGACCGCACGUUCUCUUCAGAAAUUGCUGGAUAUGACUUUUCUACGUCCCACACAUUUGCAAGUCCGAUUUGGCCUUCCGAUGAAAAUGAGCACCCCAGAAGCUUUUUCAAGCUUUCGGGUGUGGCUAAGGACGUUGAUAACCCCUCUAAGUGGGGUCCCGUCGAUGAUUUGGAGUCACAUGGCCCAAAACUUUCACAAACUGGCAGAGCUGGUGGUGGCACGACAGAAAAAGUACCAUGUUUGCAGAAAUCACCGAGAAGAUCUCGGAGGAGGAACAAAGGCAAAUCAAGCAUCGAGCCACUUCGGACGCUUCAAAGGAAUAUUCACAGGUGUGAAUUUCCUGGAUGCAGUUGGACAUUCCGAAGAAAUGAACACCUGAAACCUCCCGAAUCCUUUUUCUGCGAGUUUUGCGGUAAGAAUGGCUUUAGCCGUCGUGACAACCUGAAAACCCAUCGGAAGCUACAUGCACGUCAGCCGAGUCCCAAAUGCAGAGUUGAGUUCGUUCCUGGCGCAGCAUUAAUCGUUCAACAAGAGAUGCACAGCAGGAAUCUGAGGCUGAAGUUGCCUAGCGCUCGUAGUAGAUUCAGGCCUAGGCCUACAUGUACGGCAUAG